CGCCCCCAUCCGAUCCCCCAAUCCCUCUCUCACUCCGAUUCGGGCGGGGCCCAAACCCUAGGUCGCCGGCUCCUCCCGAGGCGAGCCUAGCUGAUCCGUUUGUUCUGCGCAAGCUCUGCCGUGUUUCUCUGCUGUUUCCUCUCUAAAGGAAGAAGAGGAAGAACGAGAGGGAUUUGGUCGGCUGCCGUCGGCGGCGAUGGGCGACGGCCGCGGCGGAGGGUCAAACCGCCCCGCGUGGCUGCAGCAGUACGAGCUGGUGGGGAAGAUCGGCGAGGGCACCUACGGCCUCGUCUUCCUCGCGCGCCUAAAGCCAACGCAUCCCCAGGCCGCUGGCCGCCGCGGCUCCCCCAUCGCCAUAAAGAAGUUCAAGCAGUCCAAGGAGGGCGAUGGCGUCUCGCCUACCGCCAUCAGAGAGAUCAUGCUCCUGCGCGAGAUCAACCACGAAAAUGUCGUCAAGCUCGUCAACGUCCACAUCAACCACGCAGACAUGUCCCUCUAUCUCGCCUUUGAUUACGCCGAGCAUGACCUCUAUGAGGUUAUCCGGCAUCACAGAGAGAAGCUUAACCUCUCCAUUAACCAAUACACAGUCAAAUCCUUGCUCUGGCAACUGCUCAAUGGCCUCAACUAUCUCCAUAGUAACUGGAUUAUCCAUCGAGACCUCAAGCCUUCUAAUAUACUGGUCAUGGGAGAGGGAGAAGAACAUGGAAUUAUAAAGAUUGCUGAUUUUGGCCUGGCUAGGAUAUAUCAAGCUCCACUGAAACCACUAAGUGACAAUGGGGUUGUUGUAACUAUCUGGUAUCGUGCACCUGAGCUGUUACUUGGAGCUAAACACUACACAAGUGCUGUUGACAUGUGGGCAGUUGGUUGCAUUUUUGCCGAAUUGCUUACAUUGAAACCACUGUUCCAAGGUGUUGAAGCGAAAGCUACUCCAAACCCUUUCCAACUCGAUCAACUAGACAAGAUUUUUAAGGUCUUAGGUCAUCCUACAGUCGAGAAGUGGCCUACCCUUGCAAAUCUUCCAUGCUGGCAAAAUGACCAGCAACACAUUCAGGGGCAUAAGUAUGAGAACACAGGUCUUCAUACUAUUGUUCACUUGCCGCAGAAGGGUCCUGCAUUUGACCUUCUCUCGAGAAUGCUCGAGUAUGACCCUCGAAAGCGUAUUACAGCUGCACAAGCUUUGGAGCAUGAGUACUUCCGGAUGGACCCGCUACCUGGACGAAAUGCACUUGUACCAUCUCAGCCAGGCGAGAAAAUUGUGGCAUAUCCUGUUCGUCCAGUAGAUACGUCAACAGAUUUUGAAGGAACAACAAGCCUUCAACCAACUCAACCGCCAUCAGGGAACGGACCUCCGGGUGGCCAGCCUGUACCAAGACAAAUCCCAAGGCAAAUGCAACAGCCUAUGGGUGGUAUGCAAAGAAUGCCUCCUGGUGCAAACAUGGGUGCCUUUGGCGCAGCGCCCCAAGCAGGCAUGGUUGGGAUGAAUCCCGGUAACAUUCCGAUGCAGAGAGGCGCAGGUGGCCAGUCUCAUCCACACCAGUUGAGAAGGAAGGCUGAUCAAGGGAUGCAGAUGCAGAACCCCGGGUACCCUCAGCAGAAGAGGCGCUUCUGACAUCCUCCCUCCUGGGCACCGGUUGAUAUAAAUGUACUCAUGGCAUCAUCAUGUAUGUACAUCUUCCAGAUAGAUAUACAAUUAUACAUCGUGUGGUGGCCAUGUAAGCUUGUUGUUGUAGAUUUAUAGUGCUUAUCUGCUAGCUUGGUAGGUUAAAGUAGCUGUAAGGGUCAUUGUAGAGGAAAUUUGGAUGGUUGCCUUUUACAGCUACUUCGCUAAGCUGAUCCAUGCAGAAUAACUGACAUUCUGAAUUCUGAAUAUACAAGACAAGCUGGUAGACAUGCUAGUUUCAUUCU